AUGCUAUCAUUUCAUGCGUCGAAUUUCGCUAUCAAUCGUGAGAAUACGGGACCGUUGAAUGUUUAUAUCAUUGAUUUUGGUCUAUGUCGAUCGUUUCGAAACUCUAAAGGUGAACUAAAACCUCCACGAGACCGAGCGCCUUUCAGAGGUACCACACGAUACGCCUCGUUAACAACACACAACGAGAAGGAGCAGUCCAGGAGAGAUGACCUGGAGUCUUGGUUCUACAUGUUAAUUGAAAUGAUUUCAAGUGCGGAAUUUGAUUUAUUCGUUGAUCGUGAAUUGCCUUGGACUGAACUGCAUCAUUCGGAGCGAAAUGAAGUAAAAAAGAUGAAAGAAAAUUGUCGCAACCACGAUGGACUGCAGAAACUCCUCAAGCACUGCCCUAAGGUUGAAUUUCGUCGUAUUUUGAAUUAUAUCGACAGUCUCAAUUACCAGAGUCAGCCUGACUACGGGUUUUUGAAACAACUGAUACAGUUGGCGAUGAAAAAUAACGGCAUUAAAGCGGAUGAACCUUACGAUUGGCAGGAUUGA